ACUACAGACAUGGAAUCAGAACCCACUCAAAUGGCAGCCCUAGGAAGACCUCUGUUUCCUGGCAUGCUGUAUGACUGCCGCAAAGAUUCCUUCAUUCCAGGUGUUACUCUGUGGGAUCAGAAAUCACUGAGUAAAGAUCUGGACAGUCAUCCACAGCUCAUGACAGAUUUAAAGUUCAGUAGCUCGGACUCUCUCUCUGACAAGUCCAGUCUCCUGGAUGUAAGUGCUUCCCUGAAAGCCAGCUUUUUGGGAGGGUUAGUUGAGGUGGGAGGAUCUGCCAAGUACCUGCGGAACACUAAAUCUUCAAACCAACAGUCCAGAGUAACAAUGCAUCACAGUGAAACCUCAAGAUUCGAACAACUCACUAUGACUCAGCUGGGCCAGUUCAUCUACCCUCAGGUAUUUGAGCAGAAAACUGCAACUCAUGUGGUCACAGCUGUUCUGUACGGAGCUCAGGCCUUCAUGGUGUUUGAUCGGUCAUUUGUAGAAGAUGAAAACAGGCAGGAGAUUGAGGGAGAACUGAAUGUCAUGGUCAAGAAAAUCCCUGGAUUUUCCAUUGAGGGACAAGGAGCUGUAGAAAUGAAAGAUGAGGAUAAGAAAAAGGCUGAGAAAAUCACCUGCACAUUUCAUGGUGAUGUCCAUCUUGAGCAGAACCCUACCACGUACAUAGAGGCCCUAGAGGUGUACAAGAAGCUCCCCUCUCUGCUGAGGAAGAAUCCACAGAAUGCAGUGCCAAUAAAAGUAUGGCUCUAUCCUCUUUCUCUACUGGAUUCAAAAGCAGCUCAGUUGGUGAGAGAAAUCAGCACACAACUCAUUUCCAACACUGAAGAUGUAAUAGAGAAGCUGGGAGAAGUAGAAAGGAGAUGUAAAGACCUGUCCAGAAGACCAAUGGUACAUUUUUUCAGUGACAUCAAAGAGAGGCUGGACUCAUUUCAGGGUUCAUUUAGCAUUCACAAGAUGGUGCUCCAGAAAGUACUGGCCAGAGUCUUGCCUGCUAUUCGAGGAGGAGGGAUGGAGGAAAGGUCACUGGCAGACAUCCUGAAGAUCCACUACCUCUCCCCUUUUAAUGCUAGCAUGCUUAACCAGUGGUUACAUGACACAGAGUUACAACUUCACCUCUUGAGUGUUUACACCAAGACACUGAAGGGGAUCCAAAUUGAAGAUUCAGACAGUCUCUUCAGCCUCCUUGAUCCUGAUAUUGAUGUUGUGGUGUGCUUGACCUUCACAUCUCUUAAAUACAAAGACCCAUAUCUUUCAACCUUGAAUGAGUUUCUAAAAUAUGACCCCUUUAAAGAGUUAGAUGAGGUAAACAAGUUUACCCUGACAUCUUCUGUCCAAAAAUCAUUCAACCCUCAUGAUCUCACUUCAAAAAUGAGAGAAAAUGUAUCUCACUUCAGAAGUUUUUCAGAGGCCAAUAAAGAUAAAAAGAGAAUGCGCUUCAUUAUUUCUGCAAUCUCUGAUUCCUCCAGUCCAGGCUCCUCGAUCUAUCUGUAUGAAAAAGGGAUUCUGACAAAUACACAGUUCCAGCCAGUGUCCAAGCCGCCCACACCAGUAGUGAAGAAUGUUCUGGACCAAACUGUGUCCCUGAAACUGCAGAAGUCCCCGACUGGAGAAACAGUGAAGUAUAGAGUAGAGUACCAGCAGAUGAAAGCAGAUUCUGGAGCUGAGGAACAGUGGCUUGUCAUAGACACAGAUGAUGAAGACUUUACUCUGACUGGAUUGAUAUCUGGAAAGCAGUACCUGAUCCGCUACAGGAUAGUGGGUAAAGUGGGAGUGAGUGAAGCCAGUGAUUCUGUCAGCCCUCCACUCUCUUCAAGUGUAACUACCAAGCUGUCCUGUUCAUACAGCAGCAUAUACAUUAUUUGA